AUGGAUCCACCCGCUCCAACCGGGCGUCCAUAUCGGUCGAAAAUGAAACGGCCGUGUGAUCGGUGUCGCACCAGGAAGACGGUGUGCAUCCUUCCGGAGAGCGGGCCAUGCAAGAGUUGUGACAGGGUUGGCAAGUUAUGCACAUUUGAACUGCGUGCCGUCGUUCGACACCCGCAGCCCAAUACACGUGAUCAAGCUCUUCGAACAUCUGAAGGUCACAGAAUGGAGACUCUAAUGCAAGAUCAUGGUGACCAUUCGCACUUUGGGCCACCUAAUCAAGCAGAUGAUACAUAUGAUCCAGUACCGGAUAGAUAUAGAAAAGAGUUCCAGAACGAUCGACAACAGGCUCAUGCUGGCCAUGCAGAAUGUCAGAGGUCAGAUGGAGCGGUCGCUACUCCUUCCCCAGGGUUAGAAACAGAUUUGGGACUGUCGCAGCAACUUGGGUUCGUUGGCAAUAACAGUGGAGUACCAAGUGUUCAGCGUAUCCAGUCACUGGAUCAGAUAGAGGGGUCAACUGCUCAGCUGUUCGGUAUGUCCUCUGAGUCCGAUCCAUGGCUCCUCAGGCAUUGCCGAUAUGAUGAGUAUGGAAUGCGCAAUCUGCAUCGAACUCAUUUUCGAAAUGUGGGUGGAGUGCCGGUCGAAGGCCUGGUGCCAGUUCAUUUUUUGGUGACCGAAAAUGAGCUUCUGGCACCAGCCAAAGAAGCUACUGGGAUUAGACCACCCGGACGUCCUAACGAGGUGAGGAAGGAAUUGAAUGCUAUGGUGGCGCCCGAACAUGGGAGACGAUUGGUUUCCUUAUUCUUAACAUUUGUCUUCCCAACUAUGCCGGUCAUCUCCCGGUCCCAACUUGGGAUAUCGUCAUCGGGAUCCGUUUCUUUUUUAAGCCAAGUCCCUGUCCACUUACUUGCAGCAAUCUACGCCUCGGCAUUUCCUUUCGUAGUCCACGACCCCAUUUUAUGUGUUUCCGCAGCAUAUGAAGAGCGACUUUGUGCGCGUUUGUGGCGCAUGGUCUAUGAACUGAUCGCCGAAGAAAUACAUACGCCAAAACUUUCAGUUCUGCAGUCCUCGUUACUCUAUCUCCAACAAAUGCCAACCGGGAAUCAACGUUCUCUCUCUGACAGUCCUUUCGUUUGGUCAUUCCUAGGCUCCAUAGUCGCGCAAGCGGCAUCCCUGGGUCUGUACCUUGAGCCUCGUCCAUGGGGCAUUCCUGCAUGGGAGAAAAGGCUUCGAAGAAGACUUUGGUGGGCUGUUUAUCUGGAAGAUAAAUGGCGAAGUCUGCUAAUGGGUCGUCCUCCGUUCAUUCACCAUGAGGACUUUGACGUGUUCGAACUUGAUGGUAAUGACUUCGUGGUGGAUAGCAAUCAAGACGCAUAUGUUCAUUCACCGAAGGACCACCAAGGCGGACCAAUCUUUAUUUAUGCGACAAAAUUAGCCCGCGCCUCACAAAAACUCUCGGACGACUUUCGUGCCUCCAUCGACGCAGCACGCUCGAUUCGCGCUCAGCUGCAGAACUGGUACUCCUCGCUCCCGGACAGUCUCCAGCUCAAAUCCAGGCUUGACGCCAACAUCCACAUGAACUAUGGUAGAGUAGAAGGCGCCGCAGAUCUUCACAUUUCUUACUUGGUUCUCGAAAUGUUCCUCUACCGCGCCAUCCUUCGUCCUCUUGCCCGCUCACUACCACCUCCGCCGAUAUCAGAUGACAAUGAUCUCCCGUCGAUGAGCCCCCCAUGGUUUCUGGAAGACCUGACUUUCGACGGGCAUGGAUUCGACCAGCUCCCGGCCUCGAAUUUCUUAGAGCUUGGAGAGGCUGCCGAAGCAACUUUGAAUGCCGCGGAGAAGUGCACGGCCAUUAUCAUCAAUUUCGUUGGGACCUUGCUUCCUCGUGAUUUCGGAUCGUUUUGGCAUCCUUGGACCCGAAUUUGUUUCGCUGCGGUUUCAAAUUUCGUCACCCUCCUGUUGGUUCAAGCGCCCACUGCCCAACAUGCAUGGCGAUCGAAGCACCUGCUGGAUAUAUGGUCACGUACGCUUCGGAGCCAGCAUCGAAGCCAUGAAGGAUUGAUGAAUCUGGGUCUGGUCCGGGUGCAUAUAUUGCAGAUGGGCGGGCUAGAGAAAAACUUCAUUCUGCCGCCACAUGUGACUGAAGUCUUAAGGCAGGAUCAGACCGAGGCAGAGCUGCCGAUGUAA